GCCUAUACGCCUCUGGUGGCCAAAAAGUCAACCAUCCAGUUGCUGUCAAAAACCAAGGAAAAUUUGUAACAACCACUGUCCAUUCGCAAUCCUUUUGUAUCCCAUCAUGUCUUGCAAGUUGUUGGUCGUGUUUUCUAUCGCCGUGUGUUUCUCCGCUGUCUCAGCUUCCUCCUGCUCAAGUCCAAGUUUGACCUCCACAUCUUUCACCACUCUCGAUGGCACCAUUCUCACAAAUAUCGCCUAUGUCUCCCAGUUUAAACUGAGCUGCGAUGGAGAGCCUGCUGACAUCCCACUGUAUGCCGAGGUUGGUGGCAAACCCUUGUCUGUUGUAAAGAGCAAGGAAACCAACGAAUAUGUUGUCAGCUGGUUGGAAGAAACCAAGAAAGCUCCCCGUGGAAACUUUGAAAUCAAAGUCUACGAUGAUGAAGGUUACGCUGCCGUUCGCAAGGCUCAACGCAACGGUGAAGACACCUCCGCUGUUCCAACUGUCGGUGUUGUGGUCCUGUACCAUCCCGGUGCCUACACUGGACCAUGGAUCAACUCUGAAUUAGCUGCUGUUAUUGUUGCAUUUGGUGUGUUAUACUACGCCGUGACAACAAAAACGAAACUGGAGGCAUAAGAAAUGCAAAGUUUGGAAGUAAUUGUUUAUUUUUCUGCCAUGAGAAAAUAAAUUGCAGGAAAAGGUGAA